UUUUCCAGUUUUCUCUCGGGCUGGCUGCUGAGCUGGUGUGUCAAAUAUUUUCUCGUCGGCCAAGUGAUAGGAAGUUGAAUUUUCGUUCAUUCUGCUGGUGAAAUUGCUGCAUUCGUGGAAUAAAAAAGGAGUGAAAAAAUCCAAUAUCUUUUUCACCUUUUCGUCGAGCAAGUGCAAAAAGUCGAAAAAGUUACGCGACAACGGUUCCGGAAGUGGUGCAACCCGUUUGAUUGGAUUAGUUUCGGUUUCUUGGUGUGAAAAGCAGAAAACCCCCAGCACCAUGGAUGAGGAGUAUGACGCCAUUGUCCUCGGCACUGGACUGAAGGAGUGCAUCCUCAGCGGAAUGUUGUCGGUGUCGGGAAAGAAAGUGCUGCAUAUCGACCGGAAUAAGUACUACGGUGGCGAAUCGGCCUCAAUUACCCCUCUGGAGGAUCUGUUCUCCCGAUUUGGGGUACAGCUGCCGGAGGGAAAGUACGGUCGCGGUCGCGACUGGAACGUCGAUUUGAUUCCGAAAUUUCUUAUGGCCAAUGGGCUGCUCGUUAAGCUGCUGAUCCACACGGGCGUGACCCGCUACCUGGAGUUCAAGUCGGUCGAGGGCAGCUACGUCUACAAGGGGGGCAAGAUUGCGAAAGUUCCCGUCGACCAGAAGGAGGCCCUUGCAUCCGAUUUGAUGGGCAUGUUCGAGAAACGCCGCUUCCGCAACUUCUUGAUCUACGUGCAGGAUUUCAUCCAGGAGGACCCCAAAACAUGGAAAGACUUCGACCCGACGAGCAAGAGCAUGCAGGAUCUGUACGACCACUUCGGUUUGGACAAGAAUACUCAAGACUUCGUGGGGCACGCGCUGGCGCUGUACCGCGACGAUGAUUACCUGGUUAAUCAGGCCGUCAUGACGAUCAACCGCAUCAAACUGUACUCGGACUCGUUGGCACGUUACGGAAAGUCCCCGUAUCUGUAUCCGAUGUACGGCUUGGGUGAGCUGCCACAGGGCUUUGCCCGUUUGUCCGCCAUCUAUGGCGGUACCUACAUGCUGGACAAACCGAUCGAUGAAAUCGUGUACGAUGCUAGCGGAAAGGUCGUCGGCGUACGCUCCGACAAGGAAGUGGCCAAGUGUAAACAAGUCUAUUGUGAUCCCACCUAUGUGCCGGAUAAGGUACGCAUCAAGGGCAAGGUAAUCCGUUGCAUCUGUCUACUGGAUCAUCCGAUUGCCAACACGAAGGAUGCCCUUUCGACGCAAAUUAUCAUUCCGCAGAAGCAGGUCGGCCGCAAAUCGGACAUUUACGUGUCGCUGAUCAGCUCCACGCAUCAGGUCUCGGCCAAGGGUUGGUUCAUUGGCAUGGUGUCGACCACGGUGGAGACCGACAAUCCGGAGGCAGAGAUCAAGCCCGGCCUGGAUUUGCUGGGAACGAUUGCAAAGUUCGUCUGCGUCUCGGACUAUUACGAACCGACCGACCUGGGACUGGAGACGCAGGUGUUUAUUUCGGAAUCGUACGACGCCACAACGCACUUCGAGACGACCUGCUUGGACGUGCUUAACAUCUUCAAACGCGGCACCGGUGAGGACUUUGAUUUCUCCAAAAUUAAGCAAGAGCUGGGCGAUGAGGAGCAGUAAGUUGUCCUGGUGGGGAGGAAGUGAACAGCGGAUGUGUGGUAUGAAGAAUAUAGUUAUGCCUGUAGGUGGCGCCCUCUUCCCUAGUGACAGAGGAAAUCAGCUUCUCUCAGAAGAAUAUUAAUUACGAUUAAUAUAUAAUGGGAAAAAAUCUGCAUCUGAUACAUUAUUAAUAUUUACUGCUAUUUUUAGUAUAUCAAGGAUUUACUUUAUAACAAUAUAAUUGUGUAAAACAGACAGAA